CAUCUCUAACUGCGCGCCUUUAAUGUUUUUUUGUGGAUUCGCAAACGUUUUGAAGUCUUUUAUGUUUUAGUGUCCCUAAAAACACUUUUGGCAACUUAAUAAGUCGUUUAAUAUUUAUAACAUUUAGCAUGUCCAGCGAAGCGAGUCUGGCUUCCAAAUGGACCCGACCGGAUGAUGUGGUUUAUAAAGCUGCAGCGGCUCAAACAAAAGAAGAACAAAUUGGCCGCCCGCGUGAGCAACAAUAACAAUAAGCGUCCCGGACUCCAGGUGGAUGAGACUGAUAAAAGCAAACUACUAGAGGCCAAGCUUGCCCAAAAGCGAAAAAAUCCAUUUGCCAAAUCCACAGAGGAUGCCAAGAAGCAGCGAAUCGAUCCAGAAGUGCCCGAUUAUGACCCGGUGGUCACGGCCUCCUCAUGCUUUGUGCGGGAAACUCCUACACGUGCACCGCCCGCAAAGUUCGUGCUCCAGAAGUACGACCAUCAGGCCUUUGCCAAGCUCUUCCAGCAGCCGCAAAUCAAUGCGGAAGACGAGGACGACGCGGAGUUGGCCGCCCGACAGAAGCACACCGUCCACCUGCCUGUGGAUUGGUCCCUAAAGACGCGCGCCCGCUUUUUCUGUCCCACGGAAUUGCCGGCCAUCCAGCUGAAGACUUCGCAGCUGGCCAGCGGACUCACCAGCUUCGUACGUUGCAUGGACCCGCAGCGGACGGAAAGCACGCUGGACAUCUCGGACGCCACGCGGUUCAACCAGUGCACUUACUACUGGCAGCACCCACACCUGCCCUGGCUGACCCUCUUCCCGCGCACCGCCAAGGAGAACGUGGGCGUGGUCUUGGGCGAACGGGAGCGCAAGGCUCUGGCCGAGGAGUGGGACUACAGCUUCCGCGGAUUGUUUCAGCUACUGCGGGCUCGGCAGUGCCCGUACUUCUACCUGUGUGCCAACACCUUUACGGUGCUCUUCCGAGCUGCCGGAGUGGGCGGUCGGGCGGAGAGCCACGCCUUGGUCACGCCGUCGACGCGUGGAAUGCGCCAGGCCCUCAGGCAGGAAGGGAUCGAGUUCAGCAUGCCCCUGAAGAGUGAGGCCAAUGGCAAUGCACACGACAACAGCUUCACCGAGGAAAACACUUGCAGUUCCUUGGGGCAGGAAACAGUCGAAGAGGCUCCUCCGCCGGCCCAGGAAGAUGAGGACGACGACGAGGACUGGCUGGAGAGUUUGGGCGUGGAUGAACGCGAGCUGCGUCGCAUCCAGUCCUCGCAUGCCAGAAAACAGCAGGCCGCCGAGAUGAGAGAGGACUUUAGCGACAACUCUCUGUUGCUCAUCGAUGGUGUGGAGUGCCAGGGGUUUUUCAGCUACCUUCUAAAUGCCAAGAGUGCCAUCAGUACAGUGGGCCGUCUUGCCGGAGUGCCACCCACUCUGCUGUCGCCAGUUGCCUUUCCCAAGGCCACCAUGCAGCACUUGGUCCCUCGGUCCAAGAAAGUCCGCCUUGAUGGCGUCGACUACUUCAGCGUGGACAUUAAGGGCCUGGUGUUGCCCACAUUCCUGCCUAGCGUUGCGGAGUUGCUCUGCGAGACGCGUCACAUGUUCAGCUCCACAUUGGCCAGCAGCAUCAACACUCUGGCCUUCAGCAAAGCCACUCAAAAGCUGCUCGAGAGCCCUGAGACGCCACAGUCAGACGGAGAGGGAGAAGAUGCCGCCGGGCAGGUCUUUGGCGAGCAGAAUCUUUCCGAGUGCGGCCUGCUGCCGGGAGUAGUGGGCUCCAUCUGCCGCACGGGCCAACAUGCCGUUGGUCUUCUGGAGCGCGUUUGCUAUCAAAGGGGCGAAGGAUACGCAUGGAGUUAGGGAGCGUUUCCACUUCACUUACGAGAUCCUAUUAAACGGCAGCUCGCCUUGUUGCUUUAAUCUUAAUCUGUACAUUUUGUUAUGUGAAAUAAAAAUGUGUGCUAGCAA